AUGGUCAUCGAGUGUGAUCAUCCUGUGAAGGAUAUAUCUCAUCAUGAUUCAAUAUACGGUGGAAUCUUUCAAUUAAAUCUGGACAAAUUCCAUGCUCGAAUGAAUCUAAGUCAAUCAACCGUGAUAAAUCUUGAAUUAAAACUUCUUUUUCGAGAUCGAACAUUAUCAUCAAUCGAAGAAUUUCUUCAAGAGAUUCUUGAACCUUGUAUAACCUAUCUGAAGAAUGACAACUCACACAUUCAUCAUUUUACCGAUCCACUCAUCAAAUCCUUUGCACAUUUAUCGAACAACAUGUCAUUAAACAUUCAAAAUCAUCUUCAUGCACUUUAG